GGGGGGGACUAUUGCCAUGGCAACCCCGGCCUGCCUGUUGGGAAGAGGCCGCCGCGGCGGCGGCCUAAGACCUACAUGGAGAGCGGCGGCGGUUUGACCGGCUUGGCCUCCGGGAGCCCUGAAGAUCCCGGUCCGGCCCCGAGGCUUGCGACCGACAUUCCCGUUCUCCCGAAAGAAGUACAACAGUUUGCUGCCAUGAAUGAGGAACCUGCCACUAUUUGUUUCAAUGAAGAUGAUUAUUACUGUCCUGUUUGCCAAGAUGUGUUUAAAACGCCUGUGAGGAUUUCUGCUUGUCAGCAUGUGUUUUGCAGGAAAUGUUUCUUAAUGGCUAUGAAAGAAGGUGGAACACAUUGCCCACUAUGCAGAGGCAUUGUCACCCGAAAAGAAAAAGCACGUCCUAACAGAGCCUUAGAUGUUGAAAACAACAUGAAGAAGUUGGUGGGGAGCUGUAGAUGCUGCGACAAACAGAUAAGAUUCUCGCGUAUGAGACAGCACUAUAAAUCGUGUAAAAAGUAUCAAGAUGAGUAUGGCGUUUCUUCUGUAAUUCCAAGCUUAGACAUAUCUCAGGAUUCAACAGGAAACAGUUUUAGGAGUGACUCUUCUACUUCGGAAGUUGGAGAAAAUUCUAAUCUACAUGUUCCUGAAGAAGCUACAAGUGGACAGCCUACAUUCAAAUGCCCUCUGUGUCAAGAAAGUAACUUUACAAGGCAGAACUUAUUGGAUCACUGUAAUGAUAGGCACCUUUAUCAACUAGUUCCAGUAAUCUGUCCUAUUUGUGUCUCUUUUCCAUGGGGAGAUCCUAACCGGGUUACUAGAGAUUUUGUUGGCCAUUUAAAUCUAAGGCAUCAGUUUGAGUAUGGAGAUUUUAUGAAUCCUCAGCUGGAUGAGGAAACUCUGUUCCAAAAUGCUGUUGAGGAAUCUUGUCAAGAGAACCUUUGAAAUCUCUAAUUUGUUCACAUCAUUGCUUUCUGCGAGGGGAGAAGCUGCAUCGGUGGUCUCAGUGUUAAUAAAAGGGAACGCUUGUGUCCCGUUUAACUGUAUAGCAGUAUUUCCUCUGAAUUUAUUUUAAAAUGCUUUUUAUUUAAACUAACAAAAAAGCAUGUUAUAUUAUAAUACUUUAAUAUGGGGUGUUUUUUCCUCCACAUAAUAUUAGAAAUAUUGCAGAUAUCUGGCAAAAACGUUACUGUCUUUGAGAUAAAGCUAUUAAGAGCCA